CUUUUAUAUUUUUCCGCGAGCAGAAUCCGCGUGGAUAUUCGCCCUCAAUGAGAAUGGACUUCAAGAGGUGAGAGGGGGCCUCAGAGAGCUUCCACUAGUUUUUUUUAUACAAAGUUCAGUCUUUCACAGAUUUUCAUUUAGUUAUGGCACACAAUUAUUGAGCAGUAAAAAUUGCAAACAAAACAAAACUUUUUUCUUCCAGGCUUUUUGAGGGCUCCACUUCCAUUGGGGCCCCAGGUAUUCAGUCCCACUUUCCCCCUCCACUGAAACGCCCCUGCUGACCAGAUAGGAUUGAUGACAGUGCUGUUGCACAAAUCUGUUUUCUUCUUCUUCUUUUUAUUUUUUUCUAGAUGGCUUUAAUUAAGACAAUAAAGAUCUGAUCUGUGUUAUUAUAUUGUAAUAUAUUGUAUUCAAUUCCUCCAGUGCAGACUUUUAAUUAUCAUUGCCAUUACAGUAGCUGGUGUCAAGCCCUCAGUUAUUGGACUACUGUAGACCCCCAGCAGUAACUAUAGCCAGAGAACACUGACAAACUUAAGACCUAAAGCUUUCUACUUAAAUUCAAGUAGGCCUAACUCUCUGUAAAGACAAGACUGCACCAAAUGUGAGAUAUCUCGCUUAUUUCCCGUUUCCUGAUGAUAUUUAAGCGAACAUGGGAAACAAUACAGGGUUCAUCUCUCCCUCCUACCAUCUCUGACACUGAGCUCCUGACGCGCAUACUGCCGCUCCUCAGCACGCAUGCUCUGCAUCGUGAGCUCAUGGCGUGUUAGAUAAUCACACCGAGGGAACAAAAGCUUUCUAUGCCCCAGGAAUUAAUGCAAGCAACAUAUCAUUAAAGUGCACAGGAUACUGGAAACACAUGCGCAAUGCACAGGAGGAAACAAGGAGCGGAACCGGAAACAAUGACGCACAAUGACGUCUUCUUUCGGACGUCACUGGCCGUGCUCUAUGGCAGUGCUAGAAUCAUAGAUAGAACUAAAAUAUUAAAACAUUAUAGGGUAAUAUGGUAAGUAAUUAAAUACGAAAACAGUUUUUUAAGGAGUUGAUAGGCUAUUUUUAAUGAGAUAAAACCUUUAUGAUCUUUGUACAGAAAUAAUGGUAGAGAUAAUAGGUUAAUGAUAAUAAUAAUAAUUUCUGUUAUGUAGCUCACAGUGCUUUCCAGAUCAAGUUGAAAAAAGAUUAAAAAAAAUAACUGAAUAAAAAAUAAUCAGAAACCCAUGUAAGCCCCUUCUGUAUAACAAAAGUUAGAGACAUGAGAGCACACAUAUUGAGCAGCACUGUGCCCAUACAUGAACAGAUGGAGGUGCAAGUGCAGGUAAAAGAAAUACGUUCAUAUGUAAAAAAGGAAAAGCCAGAUAAGAGAAUGACACUCACAUAUAGUAGAUUAAAUUUAAAUUAAAGUAAUGACCACAUACAAACAAAUAUGAAAACACAAAUUCUUGAAUUUAAAAUGGAUAAAAUUUGCAAAAUACAUGCAAGUACACAUAAAGACGCUAAAUGAUGAUUCUAAAAGAAGCACACUUUCAAUAUGUAAUGACAAUGAAGUUAAAAUAAAACACCAUAACAUAGUAAUAUAAAGAGAAAAUAGCAUGAUGUGAGAAUGGAAAAAACAGUCUUGCCAUCUUGUAAAACUGAGUUUUAAGGAGAUACUGAAAAGCUGCAUGUGGUCUCCCAAUCUCACACUGACGGGAUGUGUGGUCAUUUUAACAGUAGAGGACAGUGCCGAGAACAUAAUAACUCAUGUACUCACAUCAUACUCAACAAGUAUGACGUAGACUAAGAUAAACAAAGUAAAUAGAUUGACUGAUAAAUGAAAUCAGUGCAUAAACAGGAGCCAUAGCCAAACACCACCACCACACUACACUGCCUGUCUGCCAGCACUCUUCCUCUGCUUCUUUGUGCUCUGUUCAUUGCACAUCGGUGCAGCACCAAAACACAUGUUGAAUUUGUUAAAAUUAAUUAUCAGAGCUGCGGUGUGGAAGAUGUUAACAUUAUUUCAAGUUGAGCUUUUGUUCAUAAAGACAUGUGGAAGUGGGAAAGUAAUUCAGCUGGUGAACCCGAACCUGGCAGAGAGCUGGAGGGAGACGGUGUGAUUUUACCCCAGACUAGCUCACUUAAGCUUAAUGGUGGGUUGUUGCCUCCGUUAGACUUGCUGUAUUGAGAUGUUUUAAUAGUACUUUAAUGUCACAACAGUGACAAACAAUGCUAAGGCUUGGAGCAAACACUAUGGUUACCUGGCUGUCCAUGGCGGCAGGUCAGGGAGACGUGAGUGCUGCUCAGCAGGCGCUCGAUUUGCUUUUGUUAAAUGCAGUGGCUGUGACAAGGAAAGUUGAAAAGGAAGGGCAAGGGGCUCAACUCAAAUGCAGCUGUAAGGUGAACAACACACAUUUAAUUGAGCAUCUGGGCCAGAUUUAAAAAAAUGAAAUACAUAAAAAUAUUAAGAGAGACAGAAACAAAAAAGUCUUGCAAAAUCUAGCCAGAGGUCAAAAGGGCGGGUGCUUUCCUAGUAGCGCUUGUUGUUGUUUGUAAUGAAUAUAAAAGGGGGUCAGAGGGAACAGGGAAUGCUUGCAUAGGGCACUGAAUCUGCAAGGUCCAGCACUGUUUAUUUGUGUAGAUAGAUAGAUAGAUAGAUAGAUGUUACAUAGAAAUAGCAUAUUAAAAAUAGUACUGUAGGAAAUAUUCUUAAAUAGGAGAUCAGAUAAAUACUUCCAUGCUUAAUAAAAAGGCAAAUCACUCUGUACCUGACCAUUUCACACAGAGCUCAUCACCCCAGAGGCAUCGCCUGUCUCUGUAUGACUGUGUUUGCAUUGCCAUCUAGUGGACAGUCUCCCAUUUGCCUCAACAGACAUCAUAUAUACCACAUAUGUGACAGUUUGUGGGUGACGUGCAGGAGGAGGAGAGUUUCCCCCUUCACACCCUCUGGACUCUGGUCGGGACCUCAGUGCAGUGAGAGCUCAGGCAGGAAAAAGGUGAAGAAGAUGAAGAAGCUGGUGGUGUUUUUGCUCUGCGUGGUCCUGCUGACCAUCUACACAGAUGCCAACCCUAUCAUCAAGGAGAGCUUCGCUAAGCAGCUGCUCCGCAGUAAGAGGCAGGAUCAGCCAAUGAAGCCUGGCCACCCCGAUGAGCCAAUGAGAGAGCACCUGCUCCACAUGCAGGCUCUGGAUCAGAGGGCCCAGGAGACUAACUUGGAGCACUGGCUGAACCCCCACUGCUACCCUCACUGUGACAGGAACUAUGGACACCCUGUCUGAUGAUGUGAAGGACCAGAAGUGACAGCAUGGACCCAAUGGGGAAAACUCUUGAAAAAUUAAAAGAUGGGAAGACAUACUCUCUCUAUGCUGAGAUAUGACCAUGUGAAGAGUGGAUAAAUGGUCAUACAUAUAUCUCUCUGUAUUACAGCUGUGUAGUUUACUGCUUUCAGUGGUUUCUGCAUUUAUCAAUCAAUCAAUUGUGUAUCAAUCACCAUCAGAGUGAGAUGUAUUAACAGUGAUAUAAUCACAAAUAAAUCCAAAUGCAUGAGUAACAA